GUCGUCAGUAGCGGGGGCGGCCCCACCGAGGCUGCGUCUGCCAGGCCCGUCCCCUCCAGCCCAGCUCGGGCUCCAGCUCCCGCGCCGGCGCUCCUGCUCCCACCGCGCGCCCUCGCAGGCAAGUCCAGAUAUAAGUGGUCAUCCAGGCGCCGGACCUACUUCUACCAAACUGCCUUUACUACAGCCCGUAAGAGAAAAGGAACCAUGUCCAAGGAGAGGGGCCUAAUUAGCCCCAAUGAUUUUGCCCAGCUUCAAAAAUACAUGGAAUACUCCACCCAAAAGGUCAGUGAUGUCCUAAAGUUCUUCGAGGAAGGCAGCAUGGCUGACUAUAUCCAAGGAGAUGCCAUUGGGUACGAGGGAUUCCAGCAAUUCCUGAAAAUCUACCUGGAAAUGGAUAAUGUUCCCAGUCACCUAAGCAUGGCACUGUUUCAGUCCUUCCAGACCGGUUACUGCGAGGAAAAAACUUUGGGAAAAGAUGUGGUGUGUCUCAGUGAUGUCUCCUGCUACUUUUCCCUUCUGGAGGGAGGCAAGCCAGAAGACAAGCUAGAAUUCACCUUCAAGCUGUACGACACGGACAGAAAUGGGAUCCUGGACAGCUCAGAAGUGGACAAAAUCAUCAUACAAAUGAUGCGAGUGGCUGAAUAUAUGGAUUGGGAUGUGUCUGAGCUGAAGCCGAUUCUUCAGAAGAUGAUGAAAGAGAUUGACUACGAUGGUAGCGGCUCUGUGUCCCUAGCCGAGUGGCUCCGGGCUGGGGCCACUACAGUGCCACUGCUAGUAUUGCUGGGUCUGGAAAUGACCCUGAAGGACAAUGGACAGCAUAUGUGGAGACCCAGGAGGUUCCCGCGACCUGUCUAUUGUAACCUGUGUGAAUCAAGCAUUGGCCUCGGGAAACAGGGGCUGAGCUGUAACAUCUGUAAGUACGUUGUCCAUGACCAGUGUGCCAUGAAGGCCCAGCCCUGUGAAGUCAGCACCUAUGCCAAGUCUCGGAAGGACAUUGGUGUGCAAUCACAUGUGUGGGUGAGAGGAGGCUGUGAGUCUGGGCGAUGUGACCGUUGUCAGAAAAAGAUCCGAAUCUACCACAGUCUGGUGGGACUGCAUUGUGUGUGGUGCCACCUAGAGAUUCAUGACGACUGCCUACCAGCUGUGGGCCAGGAGUGUGACUGUGGGCUGCUCCGUGACCAUAUUCUGCCUCCAUCAUCCAUCUAUCCCAGUGUCCUGGUCUCUGGGAAGGACCGUAAAUCUAGCAAAACAAGCCUGAAGCCCGUGGAUGAUUUAAGUUGGACCACAUUUGAGGCUAUGAGGAUCGAUCCUGUUCCUAAUACCCACCCACUUCUGGUCUUUGUCAACCCAAAGAGUGGAGGAAAGCAAGGAGAGAGGGUGCUUUGGAAAUUCCAGUAUCUACUAAACCCUCGACAGGUGUUUAACCUCACAAAGGAUGGUCCUGAGCCAGGGCUCAGAUUCUUCAGAGAGGUUCCUGAUUGCCGAGUUUUGGUGUGUGGUGGAGAUGGCACAGUUGGCUGGAUUCUAGAAACCAUUGACAAAGCUAACUUGCCUGUUUUACCUCCUGUGGGUGUGUUGCCCCUGGGCACUGGAAAUGACCUGGCACGUUGCCUAAGGUGGGGAGGAGGGUAUGAGGGACAAAAUUUGGGGAAAAUCCUGAAGGAUCUGGAGAUGAGCAAGGUGGUAUAUAUGGAUCGAUGGUCCCUGGAGGUGAUCCCACAAGAAACUGAAGAAAAAAGUGACCCAGUUCCCUUUCAUAUCAUCAAUAAUUACUUCUCCAUUGGUGUGGAUGCCUCAAUAGCUCACCGGUUCCACAUAAUGCGAGAGAAAUACCCUGAGAAGUUCAACAGCAGAAUGAAGAACAAGCUCUGGUACUUCGAGUUUGCCACAUCUGAAUCCAUCUUCUCAACAUGCAAAAGGCUGGAAGAGUCUUUGAAAGUUGAGAUCUGUGGUAAACCUCUGGAUCUCAGUAACCUGUCCCUAGAAGGCAUUGCAGUGCUGAAUAUCCCAAGUACACACGGUGGUUCCAACCUCUGGGGUGAUACCAAGAGGCCUCAAGGGGACAUUCAUGGCAUCAACCAGGCCUUAGGUGCUACCGCUAAACUCAUCACUGACCCCGACAUCUUGAAAACCUGUGUGCCAGACUUAAGUGACAAGCGUCUAGAAGUAGUAGGGCUGGAAGGUGCCAUCGAGAUGGGGCAGAUCUAUACAAAGCUCAAGAAUGCUGGACAUCGGCUGGCCAAGUGUGCUGAGAUCACUUUUCACACCACGAAAACCCUGCCCAUGCAAAUUGAUGGGGAGCCCUGGAUGCAGACGCCUUGUACCAUCAAGAUCACCCACAAGAACCAGAUGCCCAUGUUAAUGGGCCCACCUCCACGAUCCUCCAAUUUCUUUGGCUUCUUGUGCUGAGGGGAAUACCUUCCAUCUCCAUGCCAGUCUUGAAUCCACCUCUUCAUUCUUGGACGCUACUCCCAAGGCUCUGUAUAUUGCUGCCACACCCUCCUGCCAAUCAGGGGAGUGUUCCUUCACCCUCAUAGUAUUUAUUAUCCUGCACCACCUCCACAGAGUUCCCAUGCAUACACACAUAUACACAAACACACACAUAUACACAUACCCCACAGACACAUCCAUUGAAAGUGCCUCAUCUAAUAAAAUGACUUUUUUUUCUC